GCAUCGCAUCCAUCGUCCAUCCGUGUGUGCACGAAAUCCUCGCCGGCAUCUACACAACCGCUACACAAAUCUGACUUGCCUGACCUAUCGAUGACAGACACACCUGUAUGUCUGUCUGGACUACCCAUUGCCGCCGUAGAGCAGUCUGCUGACCAUGAGGCAGCUGAAACCACCCCCCACACACGCACCCAGAUGGCGGCAAUGAGAAGGGUCGAAGUUGACCUCCACGCAGGCACCCUCUGCUAUCCCCACAGCCGGCCGCACCUCGCCCUUGACCCCACUGAUUGUUGCAGAGUCGAGCGCCUUGCCGUUGAGACGGAAGGCAAGCCGAGUAGGGAUGUCGGACUGAUCAAACGUGCAGGACUGCGCACAACAAACAAACAAGGACACGACCACGUCCAUACAAGCCAAGCAGGAAGGAAGAUUUGCGUGGGGUGGCGGGUGUGAGUGCAUAUGGGCUUACAAUGACGUCGUCAGGUGCGACGGGGAUGCCACCCUGCACGCCGAAUGCCCUGGCCCAGCUCAUGACGCCAUCGCCAAACCCACCGGCCCCUCUCCCAUCUCCAUCUGCCGCCAAAUUCUCCAGGUAGUCGCCCACGAGCUCCCUCGACACGCCCACGAGAAUCCUGCCCACCUUGAGCACUCGUACCUCCCAAUACACCUUCAAAGAACGGGCCGAUCGGUAUGCACACAAACACGCGUCAACCCCGUCCAUCCAUUUGUGUGGCUUGUGGCACCCAGUGUGUGCACCGGGUAAUAUGAAUGACGGACGGCCCAAGCCCGUACCUUAUCCUGGAUGAUCGGCACAUUCGACAACACCACACCGCUGCCCCUCGCCACACGGCCGUCCAGCAAGAUCUGCGAACCGCGGGCACUGCAUGGCAUGCAUCCAACGAAACACAGCACCAACCAACGAAGACCAUGUUGUGUCAGUCAGUGCGGUAUCUCCGCCUGCUGGGAUCUUACCCGAUGCGCACUACCGAGAGAGCCGAUGCGGUGUCCCGGUCCCUCGGUGCUCCUCUGCGCUGCUGAUGGCCAUCCCUCCCCUGACCUCCACCGCGCCUGCCGUUUGCUGAUGAUGGCGGAUCCUCCCGCUUGGCUUUCCGUGCUGCUGCUGCCGCCGGUCUGUCUGCAGAUCCUGACCCUGCAUCGGUGAUGUGCUUGAUGAGGGAUGUCACUGCCAUGGCAGGGACGGAGAUGAGCCAGUCGCACCGGCAGCAGUCGUAGAACGGGGACCACAUCACCACCACUAUGCCGGAUGUGUCAGCGGUGCAAUUGCAUCAUCCAAUCCAGAGUGAUCUGCAGGGCGGAGAGAAGCGGGCGAGAGCAGAGAGGACGCGGAUUAUGUAUCCGAAGUCUUUCUUGUUCUACCUUAUCGACUCAUUCCUCGUUCAGGCUUCGUUGGCGGAAAAACGGACGACUUCGG